AUGGACUACAGCUCAUCAAUCCACGAGACGGACGACCCUGCGGCCUCGCCUUGGGGCCCCCCUCCGCCGACGUCGCCUGGCAAGGACGCCUCUGGCUUUGGGCCUCUCGCCGGCGAUGUCUCCUCGCCAUUCUUCCCCCAAUCCUCUAGCGCUGGGCUGUCUCAAGAUCCCUCAGCCCCCGAAGGCUUCCAACGGCCGGGAACCGCAACCACCGCAUCCGAGACAGAAGCAGAGCCCGACAGUUUGGAAGCUCCUGUAACCUCUCAGGAUGCCGCUCCUGCCCAGACACAGCGCGAACCUCUCCAGAAUGCCCCGCCACCGGCCGGAGGUGCCGGUAGCAACAUCACCCAGCAACCCGCGACGCAGGGCGCCCAGCCUGCGCAAGAUGGCCAGACCCAGCAACCUCAAAAGCCAGCGCAGCCACAGCACCGACUACAAGCGAAGAUCACUGGUCUUGAGCGGACCGGGAAGAAGGACCCUGUGUUACGUUUCGAUGUAUACACAAACCUGCCAAGAUUCCGCACUACGCAGUAUCGAGAUGUUCGGCGUCUCCACUCCGAGUUCGUCAAGCUCGCCGAUCACUUGAUAUCUUCCUGCCCGGAGUCAUUUGUCCCGGCAGUCCCACCAGCCGUCACGUCCGCAGGGGCAGGCACGGACGAGGAUGAGAACCGUGUCAAGGCUUUGAUGCAGAGAUGGUUCAACUAUGUUUGCGGCAACGAGGCAUUGAUGAAGGAUGAUGAAAUGGUGCUCUUCGUCGAGAGCGACUUCGGGUACAGUCCCCUGGUUAAGAUGAAGCAGCCUGCAACGGGCGUUCGACGGAAGAUCUUGAAGCAGUUCGCGCCCCCGCCUGAUGAUACCCCUGAGCUCGCGGAAGCUCGACCGGCUGUGAAGCUCUUUUACCUUGGUUCUAUGGAUGCUGGCCACAAAGUUGACAAACUUGUCAAGGCCCGGAGAGGACUUGGACUCUCCGAAUCUGAUUACGGAAUUAAGCUUGGGAAUAUGAAUGUUCAAGAGCCUCACCCGGGGCUUGCCAAUGCCUACAGAAAGCUUGGAAAGGUGGUACAAACAGUUGGAGAUUACCAUGCUGCCCAAGCAACGGCUGAGGCAACCACAAUUGGCGACCCUUUCCAGUACCACUCGCAGGAUGCCUUCAUUGUCAAGGAAUCCCUGACUAACCGCCAGAUUCUGAUUCGGGAGUUCAUCCAGGCACAGGAGACGACGAGAAACAAGCUGAAUGCCGCUGACCGCCUUAAGGCGAGCUCCAGCGUGCGCCGCGAGAAGGUGGAUGAGGCCAUCUCUGCUCUCGACGAAGCGAGGUCGCAUGAGACCUACAUGUACAACAAGACUACCAUUGUCACGCAAACCCUGGUACAAGAGAAACGGAAAUGGUUCGCAAGGACUGCCUCGGACCUGCGCCUCAGCAUCAGAGAGUAUGUGCUUCGGGAGAUUGAAGCCGAGAGACGCACCCUGGCCUUGCUUGAGACGGUUCGACCCGACAUCCGAUCCAUUGACGCUUCUGGAGGCCUGAGUCGCCUGGGCCGUGAGUCUCACCCCACCGUCCGCCGCUCCAGUCUUGCAGCAAGCCAGGGCCCUAAAGGGGAUGCAUGGAGUGGUGUCCCUCGGCGGACCGACGCUGCCAACCGCAGCGUGUCGAGCAGCUUCAUCGGCCAGGUCCCCGAGGAAGGGCAGACCGGUGAGGGCGCAGAGACAAGCACCGGCCGACUGGGCUCCAGCGGCCGAUCUGGUGUCAAGGAUGAGGAUGACGAAGAUCGUGUGGAUGCCAGGAAUGCUGCAAGCCGCCUAGCGACAAGCACGUUCUGA